AAAGCUUCAGCCUAGCCUCUUUGUUGCAAGUGUGGCUUACUGGCUGUGAUGGAAAACCUUUUUCUGCAGCUUAACAGUACAACUAUUCUACUGGGAACUGUUGGGAUCCUACUUCUCCUGUAUGUAUUUUUGACCAACUUUGAUCAUAAGAGAAAGGAGCCUCCGGGACCGAGACCACUGCCCCUGUUUGGCAAUUUGCUGCAACUAAAUCUGAAGUCAUUUCACAUGACACUUUAUGAGCUUUCCAAGAAAUAUGGAUCCGUGUUCUCAGUGCAUCUUGGACCCCAGAAAGUGGUGGUUCUGGCUGGAUACAAGACCGUGAAGCAGGCACUGGUCAACCAUGCUGUGGAGUUUGGAGAGAGAUAUGUCAGUCCAACUGGCCAUGACUUAAGUGGUUCACUAAGUAAUGGAAUAGUUUUUGGCAAUGGGGAAUCGUGGAAAGAAAUGAGGCGUUUUGCUCUGACCAACCUGAGAGACUUUGGGAUGGGCAAAAAAGCAGCAGAGGAUAAAAUCAUUGAGGAGAUUCAGUAUCUGUCCGAAGUGUUUGAUAGACACCAAGGUCAACCCUUCAAUACUGGCCAGUCAAUGAACUAUGCAGUCUCCAACAUCAUCAGUUCAAUUGUCUAUGGCAGCAGAUUUGAAUACAGUGAUGAAGAGUUUAGACUCAUGGUAGACCGAGUAAAUGACAACUUUAGACUUGCAGGUUCUCCUUCAGCAAAGUUGUUCGAUAUGUACCCGUGGUUAUUUCAAUGGACGAGCAACAGGAAGCGUCUCACGAGGAAUGUUACUGAAAACCGAAAUCAAAUAAAACGGCUGAUCGGACGUCUACAGGAGACCUUGAAUGUUCACAUGUGCAGAGGAUUUGUGGACUCGUUUCUAGCACACAAACAGAAGCUGGAGGAUUUAAAGAUUACGGAUUCACACUACAACAUGGAGAACCUGGUGUCGACUGUUAGCAACCUCUUUGCGGCUGGUACUGAUACGUCAGGAACUACACUGAGAUGGGGUCUGUUGCUCAUGGCCAAAUAUCCCCAUAUUCAAGACCAGGUCCAGGAGGAGCUGAGCAGGGUGGUUGGGAACCGUCAGGUGAGGGCAAAGGACCGGAUGAACCUGCCCUUCGCUGACGCCGUCAUCCAUGAGACGCAGAGAUUUGCUAAUAUACUUCCCGUCACUAUUGCUCACAAGACCAGCACAGAUGUGACUUUCCAGGGCUUUUUUAUAAAAAAGGGGACCACCGUGUUUCCUCUUAUGACAUCGGUUUUGUGGGAUGAGAGUGAGUGGGAGACCCCGCGCACCUUUAAUCCUGCUCAUUUCUUGGACAAGGACGGGAAAUUUGUCAAGAGAGACGCCUUGAUGCCCUUCGGUGCAGGACGCAGGGCGUGUCCUGGAGAAAGUCUGGCCAGGAUGGAGCUCUUCCUCUUCUUCACUUCCUUCCUUCAGCGCUUCCGUUUCACUCCUCCACCUGGAGUUAAAGAGGAUGAUCUGGAUCUGACUCCAGCUGUGGGCUUCAACCUCGCCCCUUCACCUCAUGAGCUGUGUGCCGUCAGUCGUGAGUGAAUUCAAAAUGAGUAGAUUAUUUAAAAAGUAACUACAGCUGCACAAUUCAAGCUGUAAGAAAAGCUUUACUCUACUUUGAAUAAUUUGGCAAAACAUCAAUGUGUUUGCAAAAGAAGAUAGUAGAGAUUGUUAUUGAUUCAUUAUACAUAUUGUAUGUUAUCUUUAUUAAUUUAUUGACUAUUGUAUUGCCAUGCUCUGCAAGAUCACUGAUUCUGAUUGGCUGUGGGGGGUCCAUUCAGCCCUUAUAAGGGAAAACAACUAAGUAAUUGCAAUAAAACUGUAGCUAGAAGAAUAUUGGCUAUUCAAAAAGCUAUCCCAGCCGUAAUCUAAAAAAAAACAACAGUUUUGUUAUCUAUUUAGUCUUGUUACAUAUGUUGUCUAUAUUGUGUUAUGCAAUUGAUUCAAUUUUUCAUUUUUUAAUUUACUGCUGUCACCUGUAUGCUGUUAUUGACUAUGACUAUUAAUAAAUUGUGAAACUCUGUAAAAACUUU